AUGACCAUGUGCGCCACAACACGUCUCGUCGUCACCUCGCUGGUCUACUUGAUGGUCGGUGGCACCAGCCGUGGUGCCCUCCGCGCGUCCUGCCUCUCCUUCGACUUCGACUUCUCCAACGCCUCCACGUUCAGCCUCGCGGACUUCACGACCGCGGGCGCAGCCGCAUUCCACGGCCAACUCUUCGACCUCACGGCGAACGCGUACAGGGCUGGCCUCUCCUUCAGCGUGGGCAGGGUAGCGUACGCGCACCCGGUGCCGCUUCGGGACAAGGCCACGGGGCAGGUGGCCAGCUUCACCACCGCCUUCUCCUUCGCCAUCAACAUCACCGACAUGAACAACAAGGGCGACGGCAUGGCCUUCUUCCUCGGCCACUACCCGUCGGCGCUGCCGCCCAACUCGGAGGGCGGCGCCCUUGGGCUUUGCAGGCCCGACUACUGCCUCAACCGGACCGUCGGCCUUAGCCAGGAGGACAGCUGGGAUCCGAACGUGACCUACGACCACAUGGGCAUCGACGUGAACUCGAUCGUGUCCGUGGCCACCAUCACGCUGCCGAGCUUCAGCCUGAACGGGCAGAUGAGCGCGCGGGUGGACUACAACGGCAGCACCAGCGUGAUGGACGUCGAGCUGAGGUUCGACCACAGCCCCAAGUUCGGCGACGCGACACCAACCUUCAACGUCAGUGCCAAGGUUGAUCUCGGCACGGCGCUGCCGGAGCAGGUGGCCAUCGGGUUCUCGGCGGCAACUGGCUCGUCCAUUGAGCUGCACCAGUUGCUCUCUUGGUCCUUCAGCUUGGUAGCUCCUUGGAGCUCACCCGACCCAGGCUCGAGCACAGGUGAUUCGAAUUCCAGAACCGGACUAAAGGUUGCUCACGGAGUUACCAGCUCCAUAUCCAUCCUCCUCUGCCUAGCAGUUGUUGCCCUGCUCCGCGCACUAGGAAGGAAACACCUGGAGUUGGCUGAGAUACAGCUAGAAUCGGAAGCUCGAGGCAAGCUCAUGGACGAGGAGUUUGAGAAGGGCUCAGGGCCCAAGCGGUUUGAGUACGGCCAACUCUCUGUCGCAACCAAAGGCUUCUCCGAGGAGGAGAAGCUCGGAGAAGGCGGCUUCGGCGCGGUGCACCAGGACCAGGGCAGGACGCGCCUCGUGGAAUGGGUCUGGGGCCUGUAUGGGAGAGGGUCCGUUCUUGAAGCCGCCGACGAGCGGAUGGACGGCGAGUUCGACCACGGCGAGAUGGAGCGUGUGAUGGUCGUCGGGCUGGCGUGCGCCCAUCCAUACUCCAGCCUGCGGCCUUCCAUCAGGCAUGCUUCAGUGUGA